AUGGACAUAUUCACAAAUCACCGAUCAUAUUUCAGCCAGCAUGUCGUUCAACUUGCUAGUCAAAGCCAACUAUUUCGAUACUCUGCCUGUGCCGUUGCAGCCAAACAGUUGGGCCAGAUGAAAGAUUCAACUAAAGCAACCAACAACACGCCUCAGUCAAAGAUUACAGCUUCCAAACUUCUGGAAGUCGAACCAAAUAUUCACUUCACCUGGUACGGGGCAAAGUAUUAUGAAAAAGCAAUUUUGUUAAUGGCACAGCAAAUCUCCCAAACUCCAAAUUCCACUUCCCAUCUCUCUCCUAGCGAUAUUUACCACUCUACUAAAAAUGAUGAUAAGGAUAAUGAGGAUACUCUGGGUGAGAAUGGAUACGCAUCGUCUCUUCUUCGAGCUCUAUCUGCUUGUGUUCUCUGUGUUUAUGAGGAUCUGAAUGCUACCAUGCGGGCAUGGAGUGGUCAUCUAGACGGUGUUAUCAAAUUGACCGGGCCACUCAUAUUUCUCCCAGUUACCUAUCCUGAUACAUGCGGGGUUCCUCAAGCAUCAAGAGCAUUAGAAACAGCAUUUUGGUAUUCUGCUCUAGACGACAUUUUGAACAGCUUGGUCCUAAGAAAACAAUGUCGCCUACGGCCAGAUGAUGCCAUUUUUUGGCAAAGAAUGAAUCUCCCAAUCAACAACGUUGGCGACUUAAUACUCGAUAAUAUCGACGAACAAGACCAAGUUCCCAUCUUCCUGAAAGCCCUCAUCCGAAUCCUCGGCCAGAUUAUCAAUCAUGACAACGGAUCCUUGAUAAACUGGACGCACCUAGACAGAGAACUCACACAAUGGCUCCAAGCACUAUCAACCGAGUUCCUCUCCCCAAUCACGCACGAAUUUUCAGACCCGGUUCCAGAAAUCUGGUUCGGAUCAGAUACAUGUGCCAUCACCAUGGCAUUUUAUCACAUGGCAAAAAUAAUGUUGCUGGUUAAUCAGCCACGAGAUCUUUUUCUCGCGGCGCAACAAGACGAAUCUACUGAUCUCUUGAGUAGUUAUAACUCGUUACAACGUGAUCUUAAUCAGCAUGCGAGGGAGAUUAUUGCUAUAGCAAAUGGUAUGCCUGGUAUUCCUGUGCAGAAAUAUAUGAUACACCCGCUUUAUCUUGCUGGGCGGUGUUUGUCAGAUUCGAAAGAUAGAGAGAGGGUUAUUCGAUUGUUGAAAUCUAUUGAGGAUAAUGUUGGGGUGUUUACGGGGUAUCGUAUUAGGGAUCUCUCGGAGGAAUGGGGAGUUCCGGUUGAGAAAGCGGAUCCUCCAGUUUAUAGUUUAUCUCAUCAGGAUUUAUGA